CGCUCUGAAUAUAUUGAAAGGGGGAUGCGCUCGCGCAUUUAUUCAAUCUAAAUAAAAGAUAAUAACUUGCCUUAAAUCAAAGGAACGUGUAGCUUUUUAUUUAACAUGGCAUCAAAAUGUCCCAAAUGUGAGAAAACAGUUUAUUUUGCGGAGAAAGUGACAUCUCUGGGGAAAGACUGGCACAAAUUCUGUCUGAAGUGCGAACGCUGUAACAAGAUCCUGAAUCCAGGAGGACAUGCAGAGCAUGAUGGGAAACCAUACUGCCACAAGCCAUGCUAUGCUGCCCUCUAUGGACCAAAAGGUGUAAAUAUUGGUGGGGCUGGCUCAUAUGUUUAUGAGACAUCUGUGACCGAUGCCCCUGUCCCCAUUGCCAUGGAAACAAAGGCCAAAGCUAAUGAGAGGAAAGAAUCUGCUCCUACCAGGGGCCCAGUGAAGGCUGCAAGCUUCAGUUCAUUCUCUGGUGAGCCAAACAUCUGCCCAAGGUGCAACAAAACAGUGUACUUUGCUGAAAAGGUCACCUCCCUGGGUAAAGACUGGCACAGACCCUGUCUGCGAUGUGAGAGGUGCAGUAAGACUCUGGCCCCAGGCAGCCAUGCAGAGCACGAUGGCCAGCCCUACUGCCAUAAACCAUGUUACGCUGUUCUCUUUGGGCCAAAAGGAGUAAACACCGGAGGUGUUGGCAGUUACAUAUAUGAGGACCCGAACACAGAGAGCCAGCCCUGAGAACCACAACCAUUUUUACACCAGCGGUAUCUGCACCCUUAGAUUCAAACUUCUCUGUUUCCUUUAAGUUAACUUCUCGUUCUUGAGUCUGCACUGAUCAUUUUAAUCUACAGAGUGCCGGUACAUAUUAUUCAUACUAAUAUCAGCUUUAGGAUUACUACUUACUAACAGGAAUAUGUGUCUAGCCUUUCUGCUGUAUUUAUAGUGUAUAUGUUUUCUAUAUUUUGUAAGAAUGCAAUUAAGAUGUUAAGCUGUUUUUUUCUCUUUUUCUUUUUUUUUGUGGCAUAAACUAAACUUAACCAGCUAAAAUUAAAUCCAGUGUGUGUGUGUGUGUGUGUGUGUGUGUGUGUAGCAUUUUAGAAAAGGUAUUUAUUAUAAUUAUUUGACAGCAUCUGGUCUCUGUACUUUCAACUUGAGAUUGGUUUAUGUAUUAAAAUAUUGGU